UUAACAUUUUUCUGACUCUUGACAAACUGUCAUUUUCAAAAAUAUCAAUACUUAAAUUCGUAAAUUUUAAAUUUUAACAAACAUAUUCGGUCAUUCCUUAUGGGCAAUAACAAGGCACCUAUUAAGGCAACGUCUCCGCGUUGCCUGCGCUGCUGUCCGUCGCCAUGCUGCGGACCCUGCGUCUCCUACUGCAUUUUCGACCUCGAGAGCGCCGUCUUCGAUACUCGACACAUUUAUCAACGCGCUUGCCGAGAACUGCUCGCCACCUAUAAUAGAACGCUGCCCGAGGCGGUUUUAAUGCAAUGCGGCCCAAUGGAGACACCCGAAAUGGCCGAAUUAAUAUGCCGCAAAUGCUCCUUGCCGAUUGUUUGGGAACAGUUUCUGAUGCAGCUAAAUGAGCACACCUGCGAACUGAUUGCGAAUCCCCCACUAAUGGAAGGUGUCGAGCGAUUAGUGCAACAUUUGCACUGCAAUUGCAUUGGCUUGGCUUUAAUCACAUCCAGCAAACGUUCGUUGUUCUGCCAAAAGAUACGCGGCCAUGAAGAGUUCUUUGAGUUGUUCGAUCAUGUGCUCUGCGCAGAUGAAUACAAUCAACCCAAACCGCAGCCGGAUUGUUAUUUGCUUGCCAUGGAACUGUUUUGCGAGCGUCCUCCGCCGGACUGUUGUCUGGCCUUCGAUGGCACUACGAAGGGUGUUCAGGCGGCGCGAGAUGCUCGACUUCAGGUGAUAAUGCUGCCCGAUCCAGAGUUGCCUUGCUGUUAUUCAGAGUUGGCCACGCAGCGUCUGGAAACUCUGAAAGAUUUCGAUCCCGAAGACUUUGGCAUGCCAUAUUUAGCUCCUUUGCCAGAACCAACACCGGAACCAACGCCGCGCUCCAGUCGAGUUGAGAAGCGCGUCUUAACGUCUCAGCUGGAGGAGGAGGAGGUGCGUGACAGCACGUUAGACGAGGAGGCGCCACCACCUGAGGAGCCAGCGGAGGAAGCUGCAUAAAUUCAUAAAUUUUAAAUAAAUUGAUUCGCAAGCAAA